AAAUAAAAAAAAAGUUCUCGGAAUCUCUAAUCCCUAAUCCUUAAUUAUUUGUUUACAUUCAAUGUAUAUAUAUACUUACAAAUACUAAAAUAAAAUUGUAUAGUUAAAAAAAAGGUGAAAAUUAAAUUUUUAUUCUGAUCAGUUGUGAUUUAGAAUCUCGACAAAAUGGACGCGUGUAAAGAAAAUGGAAGUGGCCUAAUAAGACAUAAAUUUAUUGAUUGGAUAAUUAAAUCAUUUAAUUUAUCAUUAUUAGAAAGUAAUAAUAAUAACAAUAAUAAUGAUAAUUUAGUAAUUAAUAAAAACCGUGAAUCAAACAAAGACACAACGUCAUUAAUUUGUUUGUUGCAAUCGAUCGGGUUCCAAUUAAAAAAAUUUGAUAAAGUAAAAAGUGAAUUAAUGAAUAAAAAUAAUGAAAGUAAUGUCCGCGUUACAAUAGAAUGUGAUCAUUCGGGUUUCAAAGCAGAUUUGGAAUUAAAAACUCAAACUUGCACAUGUCCGCAAGAAGACACCAAUGCGUCGAUGUGGAACAUCAGCGGAAGCGGUAAACUUUUUAGCGCCAGUUCAAUGAGUAUUAAUGAUGACAAAUUUAUUGAAUCUGGAAGUAAUUUACUGCCGCAGUUGGAUAAAGAUUCGAGUGCUCUGAUUAGAGAUGUGCUAGAGCAGUUGAUUUUUUUGAUAAAUAAUUAUCGCAAGGUUGAUCAAGAUGGCGACGAUGGGAACGGGGAGAGACAAGAUGGCGGCCAAGAAAUUGAACCGAUAAUUAAUGAGUUGCGAGAUUUUAAAAUUAAUUUGGAAGAAAAUAAUUUUGAAUUAAUGAACGAGAGUAAGAUCAAUAGUUUUCCGGAAUCUUCUUUUACUCGGUGUCAUACUGAGCCGGAAAUGUUCAAGCGGGAAAGCCAAUCAAGUGUCAAGGAUGAGAGUCCUCUAAAUGACAGCCGAAGAUCUUUAAGCCAACAGUUACCUCAGAUAGUAAGGACACCAGCGUCGUUGGAAAAGGACAAAAAAGCUCCGCCACUUAUGAGACAGUCGACAUUUGAAUUGAAAGAUGAAAGUAAUGAGCCGAGAUCAUCACCGCCAAAGAUUUCGAGCUCACCUGUAACUAUUUGCUCAUCUUUAAGCCAAGUUUCUUUUCCCAGUGAUGAUGGGGGUGAAGGCGAUUGUUUUACUCUGCAAGAUUGUCUCGCUAAGACAGCUUUUUAUCUGGAUAAGGCGCGAAAAAUUUGCUAUAUGAAAAAUAUCAACGAUGAAUGCUCGUCCAUCGGGUUUAAUAGCUCGCAACAAGAUGAUGUUUUUUUGAAACCACGGCAGCUUUCACGCAGCUCCAGCUUACGCGCAACUCCUGUAACAGUUCGCAAAGCAAUAAGGUCUGAAUGCACAAGCCCUUCGAGCUUGAAACCAACACUGAAGCCACAAGUACGUCGCAGUGUCGGCAAUUAUAAUUACUCCGCAUUCAAAGAACCGUCGCCAGAAAUAAAAACUGGGGUGUCACCAGGGACAUUAAGUCGAAUAAAACAAAAUACCACACCGAAAUUACUUCCCAGAACGCGUAGUAUCGGUACACCAUCGCCAACAUUGAAAUUAGCCAUCGAUGUCGCUAAAAAACGUUCUUCCAUUGCUGCAAGUAAACCGGUUAUCGCUAAGCCCGUGUCAGGAAUAUCGAGACCAAUUGCCUCUAAAACUUCGCCGAUUAUCGCACCCAAAGCGGGAAUUAAGUAUAAUCCUCGUUCCACAAUACCAACUUCUAGUUUUUCAUGUUCGGCUUCGGCUUCGGCUUCAGCUUUACCUUCACCUUCGCCAUCUCCUACAGCUUCUUUGUCGUCAUCGCUGCUGAGCGUCUCUUCGGUUGGUAAAAGUGAAAAAAUUAAAAAAAAUUAUUCGCCCACGAGUCUAAGCAGUAAAUCAUCAGUUUCACGUCUUAGGAAAAUUAAAUCUCCAAAGUCUAGUGAAAUUGACAUUAAAACUCCAAAGUGUCCUGCCAAUAAUGAAGCCGCGAAAAAAAAAACUAAUUAUUCUUUUUCUACAAAUUAUGGGCUUAAAAAAUAAAUAAAUAAAUUUUUGAAUUAUUAAGUUAUGAUUUAUUCGAAAAAUAUUUAUUGUAAAUAAAAUUUUAAUAGUUUUAUUAAUUAGGGUUAUGAUUAUUAUUAUAAAUUUUGUAUAUGUAAUAUCAUAAAUAUUUAUUUUUUAUUAUUUUUGAUAGGAGUAGUAAGAAAAAAAAUAUAAAUGUGUAUUAAUAGAAAUUAUAAUUAUUAUAAGAGAAAUAAAUAAGAAAUUGUAAUAAAUAUUAUAUAUUAUGGUCAUUACUAUUGUAAAUUAUAAAUAUCCU